AAAAUGUUAAAAUAAUUUUAGACUACGACGUAAAAGAAACUAUUGUUUCUAACAAGUAAAACAAAAUCUGUAGCUAACCAUUUUUCAAACUAUGUCUACAAGCAGGUUAGAUGCUGUAUACCGAAGUAUACUUAUAACCAAAUUCUUUACAAAAGGUUGGGGUAAACCAGAGAAUUUACGAAGGUUAUUCGAAUUCAGAAAAAUUGUUUCAAAUCGGGAUGAAUGCUUUAAGUUAGUAGAAAAAGACUACCCGGUUACUAUAACUAAGGAACAAAAUCUAUCGGACUGUAAACUCUUAGAGGGCUAUUUUCUCACGCCGCUAGAAAGGUAUUUACCAGGAAUUGUUCCUGAGAUAGCACAGAAGGCGCACUUUCAAGCUCUACUGCCGUUACACUGGCAGGAGAAAGGAUGCAAACCUGUCUGUCUCCAUCUAGCCGGCACAGGUGAUCAUUAUUUCUGGCGACGCAGAAAUCUGAUGGUGAAGCCGCUACUGAAGGAGGCGGGAAUUGGCGGCAUCAUAUUGGAGAAUCCAUUUUACGGUCUUCGGAAACCUACAGAUCAAAUCCGGUCGUCUCUGCAUAAUGUAUCGGACAUAUUCGUUAUGGGCGGAUGUCUAAUACUGGAAUCUUUGGUGCUGUUCCACUGGUGCGAACGCAAUGGGCUCGGUCCUCUAGGCGUAACUGGACUCUCUAUGGGUGGACAUAUGGCGUCAUUAGCAGCAACAAAUUGGCCAAAGCCGCUGGUGCUCGUGCCGUGUCUGUCCUGGUCUACUGCUUCUGCUGUUUUCUUGCAGGGUGUAAUGUCGCAUUCAAUUAACUGGGAUUUACUUGAAGAUCAAUAUUUAUCAGAUGGAGCCUACAGAGAGAAGCUAUCCAAAAUGGUUACAAUUGUAGACGAGGCUUUUCUAGCUGGCAAGAAGUUUGCUCGAACUUACUCAGAGAAAGUUAAAAUAGGCAUACAGACAAAUACACAAAUAGAAAAACAAGAACAUUUAAUAAAGAGUUUGAAAUGUGAUUCUUAUAAAGACUUAAUAAUAUGUCAAGAAGAUAAAGCGAAAAAACAAGGGGAUACUAAAGUAGAUUUAAAUACAAAAGUGCCUAUUAAAAUUGUCAAAUCUGAGGAUGGUACGACAGAGUUUGAUAAUUUAAACAAAGAUUUAAAUUUAUUGCUGAAUGAAAAUAAAAUCAGUAAGACAUUACAUAAUAAGUUAACAUCUAAUACGACUUUUGAAUUAGACGCUACAGAUAUAUCAGAGAUAAAUAAAUUAAAUAAAAAAGAAUUGAAUCAAUUCUUGUUGAAAUUUAAUGUUGCCAGUGAUUCUAAUAAAAUACAAAAAUCCACAGAACAAGUUUCGGAUAGAACAAAAUUAAAACAAACGGAAAAUUUGCUUUCCACUGAAACGUCUAGUAAACAAUCCGUCACAACGAAUAAAGAAAAAUCAAAAGAAACGGAACAAUUAAAUAAUAUAAUUGAACAAAUUGAUAAGAAAUCGGAAAAGAAAUCAUGGAAUGUAUCCGAAAUGACAUCGGAUUUUUGGACAAAUUUACCAUUUAUAAAAUCGGGGAAAAAGAUAGAUAUAGGUAAAAUACAUUGGAGGGACAGAGAGGCGCUACAAUUCAUGAGAGGGAUAAUGGACGAAUGCACUCAUUUAAGCAAUUUCUCCGUGCCAUAUGAUACUUCAUUAAUUAUUGCGGUGUGUGCCAAACACGAUGCGUACGUACCGCGAGAGGACGUGGGCCGGCUGGAGGAGAUCUGGCCCGGAGCUGAAGUGAGAUAUGUUGACGCAGGACACGUCUCCGCCUACAUCCUGCACCAGUCAGUCUUCAGAGCUUGUAUCAUUGAAGCGUUCGAACGAUCGAAGAAAAAAUGGAAGGACGGAAAACAUAUUGAAUGAUUGUUGCCUUAUAUUAGUAAUUAAAAAAUCUUACAAUAUUAAUUGUAAGAUUUUUUUUUCCAUCCAUUUGUAACUUUAUUGUAUUGAAGUUCUUGCUCAAUUUAAUUCUAAGGGAAUUAAUAUAACAUAUCCCUUU